CAAGAGCAAAGAGUUCAGUCUAAAACAACCCCACUCAAAGGAACUUCUCUGCUGGGAGGGAGGUUCCUUCAUCAGAAUGGAUAUUGUACUGCUCCUCUUUCUCUCAUCCCUCCUCCCUGGGAUCUGCACUUACGCGGUCCCCCGUAAGGACCCCACUCUACGCUUUGUGGCUCUCGGAGACUGGGGGGGGCUGCCGCUUCCCCCCUAUACUACAAGACAGCAGGAGCUGGUGGCUGAAGAGAUGGGCAAAACAGUGGCCAAACUGGGCGCAGACUUUAUUCUGUCUUUGGGUGACAAUUUCUACUACGACGGCGUCACCGAUGUGUCAGACCCCAGAUUUAAGAUCACUUUCGAGUCGGUGUACAGCUCCGAGUCCCUCAUCAAACACCCUUGGUAUAUACUGGCGGGAAAUCACGAUCACAAAGGGAAUGUGUCUGCGCAGAUUGCUUACACCAACGUCUCCACUCGAUGGAACUAUCCUGAUUACUACUAUGAUCUUGCCUUCACCAUCCCUGGCAGCAACGUUACCGUGAGACUUCUGAUGUUGGACACAGUCCAGCUGUGCGGCAUUUCAGAUGACUUCCAUGAUGGACAACCCCGUGGUCCGAACAAUCUCAAAAUGGCAGGGACCCAGCUGGAGUGGCUGGAAGAGAAGCUGCAGAGUGCCAAGGAGAAUUACUUGCUGGUGGCUGGUCAUUACCCCGUGUGGUCGGUGGCGGAACAUGGGCCGACGCAAUGCCUGAUCCAUACAGUAGAACCGUUGCUUAAGAAGUACGGGGUCACAGCCUACCUGUGUGGGCAUGAACACAACAUGCAGUACCUCCAGGAUGACCAGGGCAUUGGCUACAUAUUAAGCGGGGCUGGAAACUUUAUGGAGAAUUCCCGAAUUCACAAAGAUGAUGUCCCCAAAGGUUACCUGCAAUUUUUUCAAGGUGAUCCUGAAACGAUGGGGGCUUUUGCCUACAUAGAGAUCACCCCUAAAGAAAUGACCGUAACCUAUGUACAGUCCAAUGGCAAAUGCCUCUUCCAGACCAUGUUGUACCCUCGCACCUUUUAAUUGGCGUCUGUGAUGGUAGUGAACUGACUGUGACCAGGAGUUUUUAUUAAUGAAUGGGUAUGAUGGGAAGAGGGAUCAUUUUAUUCUAGAUGACCGUUAGUCAUGCCUGUGAUUGCACUCACCAGUUUUUUUUAACGUGCCGGACAGGUUUUCUACAACCUCACACUGUGAUGGGAUCAGUCAGGUUCUCUAAAACUCAGGGACUAAGCGUAAAUGCCAAAACAUGAUGCUUUGACCAUUUAUUUUGCACUUGUCAGUACUCAUGGUCAUAUAUUAGUAAUACGUUUCCUGACAAGGAUUAUAACAUUAAGAGACAGUAAAAGGGGCAGAACACCUGGAUCCACUAGAAUGGUCCGUUUAGUACAGAUUAUUUGGAAACCCUUUAUCCAGAAAGCUCCAAAUUACGGAAUGGCUGUCUCCCAUAGACGACAUUUUAAAAAUUCCUUUUUCUCUGAAAUAAUAAAACAGUAGCUUGUACUUGAUCCAAACUAAAAUAUAAUUAAUCCUUAUCCAAAACCAGUCUAUUGGGUUUAUUUAAUGUUUACAUGAUUUUCUAGUAGAUUUAAGGUAUGAAGAUCCAAAUUACAGAAAGAUCCGUUAUCCGGAAAGCCCCAGUUUCCAAGCAUUCUGGAUAAUAGGUCCCAUACCUGUACUGGGGUGUACUUCAUCUUUAAGGAGGCACUGGGAAAAUGUAUAUGCAUAAUGCAUGUUCUCUGACCCCAACUAGUAGCACAAGCCACUGGGUUGUUUCAUGAAUAUACCUACUUCCAAGAGUAUAGAUCUGUUGGUUGCACUGACUUGAUUGCACAGAGAAGCAGCAACACAAACUUAAAUAUCCCCAAACGUUACCAUUUGUGAAACAGAUCUAUGAAGCAUCUUAUUAAAAAAAAAAAAAAAAA